UUGUACAAAUGAAUGUAUGUUCACACUAAAAGUUAGAAAAUAAGAGAAAAUCGAAAGAAAAGAAAAAAAAUAGAGAGAGGGGGCUCAUUCGUAUAUAAAUAUAUAGAAGAAGGGAGAGAAAGAAAAGAUUAAGAGAAAGAAAAAAAUGGGAAGAGGGAGAGUAGAGCUGAAGAGGAUAGAGAACACGAUCAAUAGGCAAGUGACGUUUGCAAAGAGAAGGGGUGGUGUUUUGAAGAAAGCAUACGAGCUUUCCGUUCUAUGUGAUGCAGAGGUUGCUCUCAUCAUCUUCUCUAAUAGAGGAAAACUGUUCGAGUUUUGCAGUAAUUCCAGCAUGCUUAAGACACUGGAGAGGUACCAAAAGUGCAACUACGGACCUCCAGAGCCCAAUGUGCCUUCAAGAGAGGCCUUAGCAGUUGAACUUAGUAGCCAGCAGGAGUAUCUCAAGCUUAAGCAGCGUUACGACGCUUUACAGAGAACCCAAAGGAAUCUAUUGGGAGAAGAUCUUGGACCACUUAGUACGAAGGAGCUUGAGUCACUUGAGAGACAGCUUGAUUCUUCUUUGAAGCAGAUCAGAGGUCUCCGGACACAGUUCAUGCUCGACCAGCUCAAUGAUCUCCAGAGUAAGGAGCGCAUGCUUGCUGAUACAAACAAAACUCUACGGCUAAGGUUAGCUGAUGGGUAUCAGAUGCCAUUCCAACUUAACCCGAACCAAGAAGAAGUACAUGUUGACUACGGGCAUCAUCAACCGCAACCACAAGCUUUCUUCCAGCCUUUGGAAUACGAGCCCAUUUUUCAAAUCGGGUAUCAUCAGGGGCAACAGCAAGAUCAUGGAAUGGGAGCAGGGCCAAGUGCGAAUAAUUACAUGUUGGGUUGGUUGCCUUAACCAACUCUAUUUGAAACUUUCUUCAUAUUUGUUCUUUUUGACAUUUUUAAAUCAAAACUUUCUCCUAGCUUUCCUCUUCGGCUACAUGAUGAUUACCUCUCUCUACAUUACUGUCUUGUGUGCAUGUGUGUGUAAUGUUUAUUAUGAUAUUUUCAACAAAAUUAUACUCCGCAUAUAAUUUGGCCA